CCUGGUGUGGCCGCUAUGUCCGUCCAAUUUAGCUCCCAGGUCUUCAGCUCGCGCUCCAACGCCUUGCCGGGCCGCGGCGCCCAGGUUCGCCUGAGCUCGGCGCGCCCCCAGGGCUUCAGCAACAGCAGCCUCUAUGGUCUGAACGCCUCGCGGCCUCGCGUCACCCUGCACUCGGCCUACGGGGGCCCAGUGAGCGCCGGCAUCCGCGAGGUCACCGUCAAUCAGAGCCUGCUAGCCCCGCUGAGGGUGGACAUCGACCCCUCCAUCCAGCAGGUGCGCCAGGAGGAGCGAGAGCAGAUCAAGACCCUCAAUGACAAGUUCGCUUCCUUCAUCGACAAGGUCCGGUUCCUGGAGCAGCAGAACAAGCUGCUGGAGACCAAGUGGGCACUGCUGCAGGAGCAGAAGUCAGCCAAGAGCAGCCACCUCCCGGGCAUCUUUGAGGCCCAGAUUGCUGCCCUUCGGCGGCAGCUCGAGGUGCUACAGGCAGAUGGGGGUCGCUUGGAGUUGGAGCUGAGGAACACACAGGACAUUGUGGAAGACUUCAAGAAUAAGUACGAAGAUGAAAUCAACUGUCGCACAGCUGCUGAGAAUGAGUUUGUGGUGCUGAAGAAGGACGUGGAUGCGGCCUACAUGAACAAAGUGGAGCUGGAGGCCAAGGUGGAUGCCCUUAAUGACGAGAUCAACUUCCUUAAGACCAUCUACCAGACGGAAUUGACAGAGCUGCAGGCCCAGAUCUCGGACACAUCUGUGGUGCUGUCCAUGAACAACAGCCGCUCCCUGGACCUGGACAGCAUCAUGGCUGAGGUCAAGGCCCAGUACGAGGAGAUGGCCAACCGCAGCCGGGCUGAGGCCGAGGCUUCCUACCAGACUAAGUUGGAGACCCUCCAGGCCCAGGCUGGGAAACAUGGGGAUGACCUCCGGAACACCAGAAACGAGAUUGCAGACAUGAACCGAGCCAUCCAGAGGCUGCAGGCCGAGAUUGACAACAUCAAGAACCAGCGUGCCAAGUUGGAGGCCGCCAUUGCUGAGGCUGAGGAGAAUGGGGAACUGGCGCUGAAGGAUGCACGCACCAAGCAGGAGGAGCUGGAGGCCGCCCUGCAGCAGGCCAAGCAGGACAUGGUACGGCAGCUGCGCGAGUACCAGGAGCUGAUGAAUGUCAAGCUGGCCCUGGACAUUGAGAUCGCCACCUACCGCAAGCUGCUGGAGGGCGAGGAGAGCCGGUUGGCCGGUGAUGGAGUGGGAGCCGUGAACAUCUCGGUGGUGAAUUCUGUUGGCGGCAGUGGUGGUGGCGGUGGGCUGACCUUUGGGGGAACUAUGGGCACCAAUGCCCUGAGCUUCUCCAGCAGUGGAAGGCCUAGGACCCUCAGGGUCUUUUCCCAGGAGACCACCCACAGGAGUUCCCACAACUAA